CACUUUUGCCCUAGCCUCAUCCCUCCCCCUCCCCAACUACAUUGCUAUGAAAUGAAAAGGUACACAUUUUAGGAGGCACUUCUACUUUCAAAAUGUCGGACGUUGACAAGUGGAUAGAAAUAGCUAAGGAGUGCAAAUAUUUGCCAGAGAACGAUCUGAAGAAACUCUGUGAUCUUGUGUGUGAUCUCCUGUUGGAGGAAUCGAACAUUCAACCCGUUCUUACACCUGUCACGGUGUGUGGAGACAUCCAUGGACAGUUUUAUGAUCUUGAGGAACUGUUCCGCAAUGGAGGCCAAGUCCCUGACACCAACUACAUUUUCAUGGGAGAUUUUGUCGACAGAGGCUACUAUAGUUUGGAAACAUUAACUCGUUUACUUACCUUGAAAGCAAAGUGGCCUGACCGCAUCACUUUACUCCGAGGCAACCAUGAGUCUCGCCAAAUAACUCAGGUUUAUGGAUUCUAUGAUGAAUGCCAAACUAAAUAUGGUAACGCCAAUGCCUGGAGGUAUUGCUGUCGAGUAUUUGAUCUUCUUACAAUAGCUGCACUCAUUGAUGAACAAGUAUUGUGUGUCCAUGGUGGCCUAUCCCCCGAUAUCAGAACACUUGAUCAGAUUAGGAGCAUUGACCGAAACCAAGAGAUUCCUCACAAAGGGGCUUUCUGUGAUCUAGUAUGGUCAGAUCCAGAAGAUGUUGAAACUUGGAGUAUAAGCCCUCGUGGUGCAGGUUGGCUAUUUGGAGCUAAAGUAACUCAUGAAUUUAUGAAGCUCAACAACUUACAACUCAUUUGUAGAGCUCAUCAGUUAGUCCAUGAGGGUAUCAAGUACACGUUUGAUGAGAAAUUGGUAACUGUGUGGUCAGCCCCUAAUUAUUGCUACCGAUGUGGUAAUGUGGCUUCUAUUCUUGAAUUCAAGAGCAUUGAUCAUAAGGAGGCCAAAAUAUUUGCAGCUGUGCCUGAUAAUGCCAGAGUAAUACCACCUAGAACUUCAACACCAUAUUUUCUGUGAUGCUGCUGGGCAGGUUGCCACGUGCUGACUGCUUCAGUAUUAUUAUUAUCAUCAAAUUACCUGAGUAUGUGAAUAAAUUUUUUCAAUGUUCAGAUUUUGAGUGAAUGUAUGUGGAAUAUUGAUUUUGACUGGUAGUCUACAAAUGUUUUUGAUGAUGGAUGUGUACAUGUUUUACUAUGGAAACUUUUAAAAGUGUUUUGAAUUAUUUUUUGAUUCUUAGUUUUACUGCCAAGCAGAAGUGUGAUCAAUUACGAAUUGAGUAACUGGUUUUCCUACAUUUUUUUAACAGUUAUGCAACAUAAUUCAUUAUGCUUACAUUGGACCAGGCCAUGGACCAUAAUACCUGUAUUGUCGAAGUGUUCUAUUUGGGUCCUGUUUUAUAUCUAUAAACAAUUGAUUUGUGUCUUCGAUAAUUUUGGGAUCAUAGUAAUUAUUGUGUUUUGUUGUUCAUAUCAACUAUUAAAUACAUGUGUGAAGCCCAUUGUCAAA